AUGUGGGUUUUUGAUAAAAAAUUUCAAAGUCCAUCUAUGCUAUACAAAACUGCUACAGAUGAUCUUGAAGUGUUCAAGCAAGUGGGUCAGAUGCAGAAGCAGCAAAUUAAUGAGACAGAAGUUCAGCUGCAAGCACGGGUCAAGGUGUUAUGGGAACUAGCUGUGGAAACUUUUUACAAGUUCAAUUUUGAUGCAACUUAUAUACAAAAUGACAGAAUUAUGGGAAUUGGUGGAGUGUUGAGAGACCAUAGGGGUGAUGCAAAGAUGGUGUUAUCUGCUCCUAAGGCACAUGUUCCUUCUGCUUUUCAUGCAGAAUGUUAUGCACUUAUUCAGGCCAUGCAAUUGUGUCAUGAGUUGAGGAUCUCUAAUAUGAUCUUUGAGGGUGAUGCAAAGCAGGUGAUUGAUAGUAUUAAUAGUAAUUGUGUAGAUUGUUCGUGGAAGGGAUAA